AUGGCUGAAAUAGGAGAAGCUCUGAGAUCCUGCAUGGAGCGGCUGGUCAUUGCAAGGGAAGAGCGGGAGCAGAUCAUCGUGGAGGCGGCCAACGAGAUAUCCUCCGAGAAGAAGAAAGUGCGCGAGCUCCAGCAGAAGCUGGAGGACGCGAACACGAAGGUCGCGAAGCUCGCUGCUGAGAACAACCACCUCUCCAAGGCCGCUGACUCCAAGGACGCGCUGAUCGGGGAGCUGAGGGAGUCCGCGGCGGCCACUGGGGGCAAGCUCGCCGACGCGACGGCGAGGCUAGAGUCGGCGAAGAAGCAAGCCGGGUCGUUGCAGUACGAGGUGCGCAUGCUCCAGAAGGAGCUGGAGGUCCGGGGCCAGGAGCGGGAGUACGACCUCAAGUCCGUCGACGCCGCGCGCCGGCAGCAGGCGGAGCACCUGAAGCGGAUUGCGGAGCUGGAGGCCGAGUGCCAGCGGCUGCGCGCCAUGGUCCGCAAGCGCCUCCCCGGGCCGGCGGCGAUCGCCAAGAUGAGGGACGAGGUCGAUCAGCAGCCGACGCAGACCCCCACAUCAGGCAGCCCGAGGCGGCUGCGUCCCGCUACGCUCUCCUCGCCGCGGUCGGUCGUCGCGCCGUUCUCGCCGCGGAUCACGUCGCCGUUCUCGCCGCGGACCACGUCGCCGCGGCGCUCCAUCUCGGACGCCGACGGCUACGCGUUCAAGCUCCGCGCCGUAGAGGACGAGAACAGGGCGCUGAAGCAGGCGUUCGCCAAGAGGGAGAGCGAGCUGCAGUUCGUGCAGAUGAAGUACGCCGACGAGGCCUGCAAGCUGACGGUGGCUCAGAGGCAACUCAAGGAGCUGUCGGAGGAGAACAGGCAGCUGAGUGACGCCAACAGUCAGUCUGAAUCCUGGGCUUCUGCUCUGAUUUCUGAAUUGGACAAGUUCAGGUCAGGCAACCAGAACGGUGCGUCCAUCAUGGCAUCAUCUUCAUCUGAGAUGAUCUUGCUCGAUGAUUUCGCUGAGAUUGAGAAGCUGGAGAUGGCGUCAGGUGAUCAAAAGCGCAAUGCGCAACGUGCAUCUCCGAAGAAGGCGGAUACAGGACUGGUAAUGCAAGAACAGAAUGGCAAUGGUCCUGUCCUGGAUGGUAGAAUGUCCAACGGCCAUCCUGAAAAGGUUAAGAAUAUCUGGGAACUAGUUGUGCACAAGCAUGAAGCAAGUGGGGAAAGUGUUGAAACUAUUAUUGAACAGAUAAGUCAAGCAUUGGAUCAGACAGCUAUUUCUGCCAAGACAGAUGAUUCAGAUGUACUGAAUGACCGGUCUGAAAUAGAGAAGGCGGUGAGAAACAUGGUUGAGGAAAUCACUUCCAUGAUCCGCACAUAUGCAGAAGACAACGUUGCAAGAUCAAGAGUUCUCUUGAACAACAAGUCUGAACUAUUUCGAUGCUUUGAGCACCUGGUUCAGGUCUGUCAUGACUUACUAGAAGGGAAAUGUAACCUUGGAAAGUUCAUAGAUGAGGUUUGCCUCAUCCUAAAGUAUAUAGUGAGCCAAUACUUCUCAGAUCAAGAUCAGACUGACAGUUUGAACACUAAUGCAGAGAAUUUUGAUGGAGUUAAGCCAUCGAGUACAGUUACCGCAAAUGGUACACAUAACACUGAAAGUGCUAAACCAGCAGCAACUUCAGCUAUUCAGACAGAGGCAGGGGAAGUACCAGUUCAGUCAGUUGAAAGCCAGAUUAUGGUCAAUCAUCUACAGAAGCCUGAUACAGAACCGAUACAUGUUAUACAAGCCCAGGAUGAUAGUAUCCUUCCAGGAAGAAAAUCGGCAUUCUGUGAGAUACAAAGCUCUGCUGCUGAGGCAGGUGUGGAACAUAGGGCAGCUCAAGAGGAAAGUCAUUUAGCAACAAACUCAGAGAUCCUCGCAGCAGCUGACAAGCUCGCCGAGUGCCAGGAGACGAUCACGAUUCUGAGCAAGCAGCUGCAAGCUCUAAAGAUGCCAAAAACUUCAGGUCCUCUAGACAGCUCCAUCUGCAACACCAGGCCGAGCUCCGCGGCGUCCGACUACAAUCCGCAGUCGCUCGCGAGCAUCCUCGCCGAGGAGUUCGCCGGCGCCGAGGUCUCCAUGUCUCCCACCACACCCAAGCAACAAGCGCUGCCCAAGAAAGACGAAGGUGAGGUCUGUGCCACGCCGAGGAGGAGCGCAGCGCAGCAACAGCAGGAGGACAACACCGGCGCUGACGACAAGGAUUCGAUGCAGAUCGUCGUCCAUCCUGUGUUCGCCGCCGCGCCGCCGCGGCAGGAGGAUGUUUCCGCUGACCCGAAGAGGAAGAAGAAGCGCAGUACGAGCCUGCUGGGCAGGAUCAUGUUCAGGAAGAGAGUGGAAGGCGGCUCCUAG